AUGCCUCAACCUCCGUUUGAACACCUUCUUGCUAACCAGUUGUUCCUGGCUAUCGUUGGUUCAACACUUUCGAACAAUCCUCGCUCGUUGACACCACAAUAUGUUCCACGUAUUGGUGCAUCCCUUCUCAAGUCAAUUCUUCCGGAUACACUUGCUUUGAAGACUCCGAAUGACCGUAUGUAUCUUACCGGCAAAUGGGGAUCCAGCAAGUGCGGCAAUACCUCUUGCAACAACAAGAAGUCCGAAGGAGUUGAUGAUAAAUCCAAAGAAGAAAGAGUAGAAGUAUUGUCCUCCCAUAGUACGAAGAAGCGGGCAUGCAAGAGUGAGGAAUCCGCAGAUGACGAGGGAAAGAUUGUUGAUGGUGAGAGCAGUGAGGUACUUCUUGUCAGCGACCCAUCCGAAGAAAACCCUGCCGACGGUGUUGGUGACACCGAUGAUUGGGACGAGGAACUUGGCUUGACUUGGAUCGAGUUGCAUGGAUUCAGAUAG